GCGCGCAGCGACACAGCGUCGCGAGGCGAGGACGAGCGAGCGCCGCUCCCGCACCUCCCCGCAUAGCCCGCGCCGCGCGCCGGGAGGAGCGGCCGCAGCCGCCGAGUCAGCCGCGUCCCUCCGGUGCUCCUGCAGCUCCGGGCGCAGCCAUGGCCUCGGCCCUCUGGCCGCGCCUCAGCCGCGUCCUCUGGCUCGCCUGCCUCCUGCCCUUGGCCCCGGCUAGGGUGGCCGCAGGGCUGUAUGAACUGCACCUCACCACCGAUGGCCCUGCCACCACGGGGGCAGAGGUGACCAUCACAGCCAGCCUGGUGGCCAGUGACAAUGGCAGCCUGGUCCUGCCCACCGGCACCCGCCUCUACCGCUUCCACUGGAUCCAUACCCCACUGCUGCUCACGGGGAAGACUGACGAGGCUUUCAGCUCCACCAUCCGCGCCGUGGGGACCGUGCCCGGGGACUUCCCCGUCUCCGUCUGGGUCACCGCUGCCGACUGCUGGACGUGCCAGCCUGUGGCGAGGAGCCUCCUUGUCCUCCCCAUCACAGAGCUCCUCGUGGGGAACCUCGUUGUCACCCAGAACACCUCCCUGCCCUGGCCCAGCUCUUACCUCACCAAGACGGUCCUCAAAGUUUCCUUCCUCCUCCACGACCCAAGCAACUUCUUCAAGAUGGCCUCAUUUCUCUACAACUGGGACUUCGGAGAUGGCACCCAGAUGGUGACGGAAGACGCUAUGGUCUAUUACAACUAUUCCAUCAUUGGAACCUUCACUGUGAAGCUCAAGGUGGUGGCCGAGUGGGAACAGGCAACGCAGAACGCCGGGAAGGGCAUUAUGCAGAAGACAGGAGACUUCUCUGCCUCGCUGAAGCUGCAGGAAACCCUUCGAGGCAUCCAGGUCUUGGGGCCCACCCUAAUUCAGACCUUCCAAAAGAUGACAGUGACCUUGAACUUCCUGGGGAGCCCCCCUCUGACCGUGUGCUGGCGUCUCAAGCCCGAGUGCCUGCCGCUGGAGGAAGGAGAAUGCCAGCCCACGUCGGUGGCCAGCACGGCCUACAACCUGACCCACACCUUCAGGGAUCCUGGGGACUACUGCUUCAGCAUCCGGGCUGAGAACGUCAUCAGUAAGACGCACCAGUACCAUAGGAUCCAGGUGUGGCCCUCCAGCAUCCAGCCGGCUGUCUUUGCUUUCCCGUGUGCCACACUGAUCACCAUGAUGCUGGCCUUCAUCAUGUACAUGACCCUCCGGAAUGCUGCUCACCAGAAGGACAUGGUAGAGGUGGCUGAUUUUGACUUUUCCCCCAUGUCUGACAAGAACCCGGAGCCGCCUGCUGGGGUCCGGUGCUGCUGCCACAUGUGCUGUGGGCCCUUCUUGCUGGAGACUCCCUCGGAGUACCUGGAAGUUGUCCGCGAGAACCACGGGUUGCUGCCUCCCCUCUACAAAUCCGUCAAAACGUACACCGUGUGAGCGCCCCCCAAUCCCGUGUCAGCGUUAACUGACCGCCAGCUGGGCGCUUCGGACAGGGCGAGCCGCCGAGCAGGAGGGGCGCACGGGUGCGGGGCUGUCCACCCUGCUGGCCAUCCAUCCGUAUUUCCAGCUGCCGCCAUGAGCCCCCCUCAGCCCCACACCCCCACCAUCUGUCCAUCUGUGCAGUCCAGCCCCUGCUGCAAGCCCCUUUCAGUCCCCCUACCCCACCCCUUGCCUUUGAAGAGCCCCAAGCAGGGCCCCGACGCUCAGCGGGCUCCCUCCUCUCUCCCAGGGGUGCCUGGCUGCCCCACACCCAUUCUUCCCAUAUUGGCACUUCUGCCGUCCGUCUGGGGUCCGAGCUUCCCUCCCCCAGGUGGCCUGCCUAGGUCAGAGAACCGGGAGGAAGGUCACCAAUGGUUAAGGCUACGUCACAAAAGGUCAUACAUACAGAGACAAGUGCAUGCACGCACACACGCAGGUACACACAUCACACGUGUCCCACAGGCGUCUCCGAUGAUGUCCUCUGUAUCAGUUACGUUGGUUGCUGGGUCCUGAAUUAGAACUAAAAGGACAUGGGACUUUCUCCACUUGGGCCCCCGCGGCUCCCCUUCGUGCACCGGUCCCCGUGGCUCCUGGGGCCCAUUCUAAGGACACCCUGUUUCCUGCCGGCUUGCUGGGGGUGGGGUGGGGGCAGGGCUAACACUUUGUGAGUGCAGAGGGCUUUAUGAAGAGUGCCUUCGUGUCCUGAGACCCUGUUAACUUCCACUGAGGAAAAGGAGGAGCGAGCCAGUGGGGAAUUGGGUUCGCUGUGGGGGAUGGUGUUCUUGCCCCUCUGCAUGGUCUGGAGGAGGAGGAGGCAGGUCUGCAGGGAGCCCUUGGGGCAGGGGGGAGCCUAGUGGCCCCGGGGGAGGCAGAGCUGGUGGAGAGGGUGGUCCAGGCGUGGAGAGAGACCACAGUGAGGCCCCCCGCACAGCCGUGCAGGAGCGUGAGGAGCCAAGGGGGCCUGUUGGGGGGGGGAGGGGGCAGGGCUGUGGGGGCGAAGCUCUGUUGCCGUAAUCUUUGCUCUCAGACUUUGUGCAGACAACAGCAUUCCCGCUGUCGUGCAGCCCAUUCUCAUGAAAUACUGCCAUUAUUGCUGAAUAAAGCUUGUGUGCUCUCAAAAUAGCCAA